CAUAAAGCAAAUCUUUUGGAAGUUGUGUGAAGGGGAAUAAGUGGGGAAAACCCUCGAGAUAACCGCGGCACCCACCGCAGAAUUAACCGAAUACGACACCGUGUGCCGGCCGCUGUCAGUCGCCGGAGGAUUUGUCGGGAGUUUCCGAGCGUCUCUGCAUCUGUGAGGAUGUUGCUGCGGCUGCUCAUGUUCCUGCCUGUCAUCUCCUCGGCCCAGCGGUCAGAGCCCAUGUUCUCAGCGAUAACCAAGACUGUCCUUCCCCCCGACUACGACAACAACCCCACCCAGCUCAACUACGGCGUGGCCGUCACUGACGUGGACGGGGACGGAGACCUGGAGAUGUUUGUAGCCGGCUACAACGGGCCGAACCUGGUGCUGAAAUACAACAAGCAGCAGAAAAGGCUCCUCAACAUCGCUGUUGACAACCGUAGCUCCCCGUUCUACGCCCUGAGAGACCGCCAAGGCAACGCCAUCGGAGUGACGGCGUGCGACAUCGACGGAGACGGUCGGGAGGAGAUUUAUGUUCUGAACACCAAUAACGCCUUCUCUGGUCGGGCGACGUACUCUGACAAGCUGUUUAAGUUCCGCAAUGGACGCUUUGAAGAUCUGCUGAACGACGACGUAAACGAACACAGAGAUGUGGCCAACCGAAUGGCCGGGCGCUCAGUGGCCUGUGUGGACAGAAAGGGCACGGGACGGUACGCCAUCUACAUCGCCAACUAUGCAAGUGGCAGCGUGGGUCCUCACGCUCUCAUUGAAAUGGACGAGGCGGCCAGCAAUCUCUCACAGGGCGUGAUUGUCCUCUCCAACGUGGCCGAGCAGGCCGGGGUCAACAAGUUCACUGGAGGGCGAGGCGUCGUGGUGGGGCCCGUCGUCAGCCAGACCCUGUCCGACGUGUUCUGCGUCAACGAGUACGGCCCCAACUUCCUGUUCAAGAACAACGGGGACGGAACCUUCACCGACGUGGCGCAGCUGGCUGGCGUCGAGGACCCGAUGCAGCACGGCAGAGGAGUCGCUCUGGCCGACUUCAACCGCGACGGAAAGACGGACAUCGUCUACGGGAACUGGAACGGACCCCAUCGCCUGUACAUGCAGCUGAAUAACCGCAAACAGAGGUUUAAGGACAUCGCGUCCCAGAAGUUUUCUAUGCCGUCACCGGUUCGCACCGUCAUGGCCGCUGACUUUGAUAAUGACAACGAGAUGGAGGUCUUCUUCAACAACAUCGCCUACAGGGGCCCCUCCGCCAACAGGCUCUUCAGGGUGAGCAGGAGAGAGCACGGAGACCCCCAAAUAGAAGAGCUGAACGUCGGCGAGGCCUCAGAGCCUGAAGGACGAGGAACCGGAGCCGUAGCCACGGAUUUUGACGGCGAUGGCCGUCUGGAGCUGCUGAUUUCUCACGGUGAAAGUGCAGCACAGCCGCUCUCGGUCUACAGAGUCAACCAGGGCACCACGAACGCCUGGCUGCGAGUGAUUCCCAGGACCAAGUUUGGCGCUUUCGCCAGAGGCGCUAAAGUGGUGCUGUACACUAAAAAGAGCGGCCCCCACACGCGGAUCAUCGACGGAGGCUCGGGGUACCUGUGUGAGAUGGAGCCCGUCGCACACUUUGGCCUCGGUAAGGAUGUUGCCACCAAUGUGGAGGUGUACUGGCCCGAUGGCCGUUCAGCCGCGAGGCCCCUGGAGCCUUCAGACAUCAACAGGGUGCUUGAGAUCCACUAUCCAAGAGACGAGGAGGAAGUCACUCCUACGGUGGAAAUAGAGUGUGGACACGGCUUCGCACUGAACGAGAAUGGCCGUUGCACAGACAAAGAUGAGUGUACCCAGUUCCCUACUGUGUGCCCCUCCGACCGUCCCGUCUGCACCAACACCUACGGCAGCUACAAGUGCCGCGCUAAGAGGAGAUGCAACCAGGGCUUCGAGCCCAACGACGACGGGUCAGCCUGUGUGGCCCAGGUGGCUUACUUUGGGGGGACGCGGUCUUCUGGUGAACGCAAAUGUUCCGGCCUUUCUUUCUGGAUACUCCCCGUCUCUGUGCUGCUAUUCACCUCUAACCAUCUCCAGACUGGACGACCGUAGCCUUCAAUCUGUCCUCAACUUCCUGACUCUCCCUCCGCCGCCGUAUGGGGGGGUGGAUGUACAGAAACUCACCGCAAACCGUUUGCUUCUCCUUUGCGGAUCUCUGCUAUUGAUUUUCCAUCCGUUAUUUACAGCUUUGCCCCUUGCCCACCUCAGCCACGUGUCACCCCCAUGUGUCCCGGCCCCCUGUGGACUAUAAAGAAACACACAAAGAGCAUGCUCGCCGGAAGCCACGGGGUUCAGAACUGUCUGUGCGACACCCCCCGCGGAGCCCUCACGUCAUCACCUGACGCUUCUCUCAGUGGGAACAGUCAACCAAGUGGAGCUGUGGCGUAUAACCCUACAGCGCACGUAUACAGCGCAGCCGACAGAGCUACUGGCUCCACAGACCACGUUCACACUGUUUCCCGCUACGCCACCAUGCUAAUCCUGACCACGUCCCGCUCCCGGGCCUGUGCGUGGGCGUCAGAGCGCUGCGCCCAAAGAGGCAGUCGGGCAGAGGAGCACAUGCCGGACCGUCUGUCUCUGAUAGUAGGUAACGCUUUGUCAAUGCAGCACGCUGAAGAAUAUAAACGUGUGUGUGUGUGUGUGUGUGUGUGUGUGUGUGUGUGUGUGUGUGUGUGUGUGCAACAAUAGGAACGUACAAUUUUAUUUAAAGUGUAGUACGGUAGCCGAAAGGUGCACUUGAAACAUAAUUUACUCUGCAAUUUUUUAAUUAUUUGCCACAAAUUCCUGACAAUUGGUUUAUAAUAUUUAUUGUGAAUAUUACACCCAAAUUCAUCAUUUAAAUAUAAAUAAUGGAAAUUUUUCCGACCUAAUAUUAAUUUGUAAGGAUGAGGCUGGUGAUAAUUAAUAUUAUGUUACUUUCACCACCUUCAUAUAAAUAUAUAAAAAAUGUAGAUACCUUUAAAAGUUUUUAGCAAACGUUACUCCAACGGGAGUAAAUUGUGCACUUAUUGAGAAACACUUUCAGAUUUGGGGCGCUAUGUACAUCAUGAGAGGAACAUGCACUCCUGUGUUUUUAACGAUGUCACAACAACAACAGACGCACAGAGGACUGAAUGCUUUUUUUGCAGAGUAAAUACUUCAUGAUCUGUUUAUUCAAGGUAAUAGAUCACCAGCCUUAUCCUAUAACGUGUAAAUUAUAAGCGAACAUCAGAUAACAAUGUAUAAUACUAUUGAUAACUAGAGGAGCCUCUCUGCACUGCAGAGCCUGCACAACACAAUCAUCCUACCAGAGUUACACUGCAGCCACGGAUAGAUUCAUUGAGUGUUGGCCGAGCACUGAGUGUGUGUGUGAUGAUUUAUGGAUUCCUACCUAUUCACUCGCUGAGGCAAGUGUUGUGUAUUUUGGAAAUAUUUGGCCAAAAACCUCACACAUUCCAUUUAGGAAACAGCACCAGACUGACAUCAGUCCCCAAAAGCCUGCUAAUGAGUUGGACCUAAACCACAGAUGCCACCUGUAAAUAUCAAACAUUUCAGUCAAGAUUUAGAGACUGAACUCAUUUCUCUCCGAGACGUUUUUAAUGAAAACCAAGAGACAUCAGAGCAUGAAAAACUACUAAACAAACAAUGAUGGACGUGUUGAAAUGACUCACCACGGAUCUCUGUUGGAUCCGCGCUGAAGAUGUGUUCAUGGUCUCGGUGUAAGCCAAACGCUCCGUGGGGGGGAGAGAGUGACGCCAGGAUCAAGUUUUUGCCUCAUUUUUGAAUGUUUGCGCGGAAAUGUUUGUUAAUCGGUUGACCUGAGGUGACCGUGAAGAUGUUAUAGUAACGAAGGAGCAGAACAUUUCCUUUUUACACACGCUUGGGUCCGACUUGAACUUAUUGUAUGUCAGGUCUGAGUUUGCAUGACCAGUAAGAUUCACGAGUCUUUAUCAAAAUUGCACGCUUUAAAAGCAUAUAUCUGUGUUUUCAAUUCUAUUGCUUACAUUCUCGUGCUUAAUUUCCUCAAUCCAACAACAAUUUAAUCACAUGUUGUCAAAGAAACGGUUGUGUAAAUCCAGUCUUUAUCUUUUCCCUUACGUGUUGAAAUGGUUUCUGGAAUUCUGGAAAAGUUUGAACGGCAGAAAAAGGAUUCCACUUGAUCAAAAUUGCCGGUUAUGGUUGAGAACUCUUACCUUCAUGUAUAUGCCAAAUGCAACCAAACAUACUGUUUGCAGUAUUCACUGUCUUGUCAUUCAAACAUGUGAUCUCUGAAAUCACAGGUCAUUAUACAACUCAAGACGUGAAGCUUUUCCGUGUGCAGCAAAACCGGAGUUUGUUUAAAAUACGAAGCACAAUAUUCACUGGGACGGAUCAUUUUGCUGAACCACUUACGGCAUGCUUAACGCUGGGGUUACACGCGGAUGUACGUGACUACAAAAGGUAGAAAUACGACAUAUUAAUUAGAAGCUACAACUACAGAGUAGAAUUCAGACAGGUAAGCUUUUCGCUCUGUGGUUCUUAAACUGAAAUGUACCCUUAACAAUGUCCCUGAUUGAUGUCCAAUGAUGUGCAGGAUGGAUGUUGCGUGUGUGUGUGUGCGGGUGUGUGUGCGUGUGUGUGUGCGUGUGUGUGUGUGUGUGCGCGCGUGCGUCAUGGUUAUUUUCACGGCAUUGUUUGCGCUCCAGAUGUGUUUCUUUCUGCUAAAAGUAAUUGCAAUGGGAGAUAUCGCUGUGUAAAAAAUAAAACCUGGAACACAAUGCUCAAUGUGUGGGUUUCAGGGGGAUUUGGA